AUGGACGCUUUCAAUAAGGCUGUUGCCAUUUUGAAAGACCGCUUUGGCAAUAAACUGAAACUUGCAAAAACCUUCAGAGACAAAAUAGAGAAGUGGCCUGCCAUAAGGUAUGGUGAUGGUAAGGCGUUGCAGAACUUUUCCGAUUUCCUAUCACAAUGCGAGACUGCCAUGAGUACGUUGAGUCAGUUGAAGGACCUGGACGACCCUACAGAACAGAUGAAGAUAGUGAGCAAGUUGCCGAGGUCAGUGCAAGACCGGUGGCUUGUCGUAGUUGAUAGGAUUGUUUAUGGGGACGAUUGUGAAGACGACGCCGACUACCCCCCUUUCUCGAAGUUGGCGACGUUCCUUCGUAAGCAGGCGCGCAUAGCCUGCAACCCGCUCAUUGAUCGUUCCAAGCAAGAGGCCGACAAGUCCCAAACGAGGCAGGAGAAUAAGAAACCUGCAAGGGCAUCAGCGUCAACCUUUGCUUCGACUACAACGCCAGCAGAAAAUCGCCCGACUCCAGCCAAAACAGACAACGCAAGACCCCAGGCUGGUAGCAGUGGACCCUUCGUACCAAAGUGCCCCAAGUGUAGUGAAGCCCACUACCUCGACAUGUGUACCGCAUUCAAGGACAUGACACUCGCCGAAAGAUUAAUCUUCAUCAAAGGAAAAUGCCUGUGCCUCGGUUGUUUUCGAAAAGGACACAUAAAAAAAUACUGUCAACGCAAAAAGAAGUGUCAGGUUUGUAAUAUGUAUCACCCUACUCUGCUGCAUGAUUACACUCGCACUGGUUCUGGUCAACGGGGUUCAUCCGAGGACACGGGGUCUGGUAAGACUGAAAAUGCUGGCUCGUUUUGCAGCAAGGCGUUCAAUGAUUCAGUGUGUUCCUCGUUUUCACUUAUCGUCCCAGUGCUUGUGUCUCAUGCAGAGGGGUCUGGUGCCGGUGUGCUCACUUAUGCCCUCUUAGAUGAUCAAUCCGAUACCUGCUUUAUUUCUAACCCUACGGUACAGAGGCUUGGUACCUCAGGGCACAAGGUAAAUUUUAGAUUGUCAACGGUAGCAGGCGAGGAGGUUAUUUCCUGCGACAAAAUUUCUGGUCUGAUUGUAAGGGGUUUGACUGACAAAGAGGCCAUCCAGCUCCCGGGCACCUUCUCCAGUGAUUGUAUCCCUGCUAAUCGCGACCAAAUACCGGUCCCAGAUUCUGUGAGCAAAUGGCCUCACCUACAGGGGGUCGCUGCCCACUUGACUCCUAAGUUAGACGCGGAAAUAGGCCUACUCAUUGGGGCUAACUGCGCGCGCGCCAUCAAGCCACGAGAAUUAGUACACGGCAGAGAGGACGAGCCUUAUGCUGUUAAAACCGCGUUGGGUUGGGGUGUAAUAGGCACAACAUGUGAAGAGGGUGUAGCGGGGAAUGGUAGUUUCCUAACGGGUACCGCAUCACGUCACUUCGCGUUUGUAUCCCGCGCCAAAGAGAUUACUACAUCCCAACUCGCACGCAUGUUUGAUAUGGAUUUCAGUGAGAACAAUACCGAGGACAAGAUUUCGAUGGAGGACAGAUAUUUCAUGCGGAAGGUGGCUGAGGGAAUUCACACAGCUCAGGAUGGUCGUCUCGAAAUCCCUUUACCUUUCAAGGAGGACACGGUGACGAUGCCAAACAACAGAAAUGCAGCAGUCAAGAGGUUGAACUCCCUAAGGGCCAGGAUGCAGAGAGAUGAGAAAUACCGCUACGAGUAUACCGCCUUCAUGAAGGAAUUCAUCGAGAAUGGCCACGCAGAGCGAGUUCCCUAUGACGAAUUACAGCCAGACAAUGGACCGGUUUAG